AUGUCAAUUCCAUUAAAUUCAAUUGAUUGUCCAUGUUUAACAAAUGAUUGUCUUCAGACUCUAAUUCAAGAGUAUUCAAUACAUACAACAAAUGAUUUUGCUUUAUGGUUAAUAAAACCUCUAGAUAAAAAUAAACAUUUAUCAUCAAAAACAAUUGAAUGUAUUCAAUCAUGUAUUAUAGCUCAUACAGCAAAUAUUCAAUAUCGACAAAUAUCUAAUAGAAAUUUAUAUAAAUUAAAUUAUUCGUUAUUUGAUAAUGAAAAUAUAUUAAAAACUAAAUGUCAUUUAAUAUUUAUUUAUGAAUAUUUUAAUCAAAAUCAAUGGAAUAAAUUUUUUAAUAUAUUUUUACUUCGUUUAUUUCUUGAAAAUGAAUCAUUGAAAAUAAAUUAUAUAAAUACAAAUAUAAGUUUAUUUGAUUUAAAUUAUUUUUAUAAUCAUUAUUGUUGUUUAAAUGAAAAAAUAUUUCUACAACGAAAUAAUUUAUUUGAAAAAUUCUUUUUUUUUAAUCAAUGUUUUGAUUUAGAAACAUUUGAAAAUCAAUUAAAUUCUAUUGAAAAUAAUCAAAAUUCAUUUCAAAUAUUAAUUAUUGAUGAUUUUUUUUCAUUAAUUAAACCAUAUUUAAGUCUUGAUAGACGUAUGAAAGGAAAAAUUCUUCAAUUAACAUAUCGAUUAAAUCGUCUUGCACAAAAACAAUCAAUAUUAAUUAUUAAUGGAAUUAUUUUAAAUACAAAAAAACGAAUAAAAAAUGUUCAAGAAAAUUUUCUCGUCAUAGAUGAUAUACGUUUUGAUUCAUUUCAUGCUGAUAAAUAUAUUUUAUUUCAAUCAUUAACAACAAUAGAAAAAGAUAUUUAUAUUACAAAUCUUAAUAAGAAAAAUCAAGAUAAACAUUCAAUCAUAUCAAAAUUUGAUCUUGAUGAUUGGAUGAAUACAAAUGAUGGGUGA